CCCUUCUCGUCAGGGUCUUUACAACGUGGCCCGGGCCUGCGACAGCGGAGGAGGUGGACGAGGAGGAGGCGGCGGCGGCUUCAUUGAAGAACUCCCUUCUUGUGGCUCGUCGUGGCCCUUUGAUCGUGCAGCCAUGCAACUGAAGCUCGCGGUGAACGAGGCGAGCCCGCCUGCCGGCGUGUUGGUGGCUGUUGAGCAAGUGAAGGACUCCUUGCUCAUUGCAGUGGUGCGAGGACAGGAAACGAGCCUCCGGGUGUCCGAGAGCGUGACGUUCAACGACCCCAACUCCAUCUGCCGGUUCAUCGCACGUCAGAGCCCUAGCCAUGGGCUGUAUGGGGCAAACCUCCUGGAACAAACAGAGGUCGACCACUGGCUGGAGUUUGGCGCCACCACGCUCUGCGGCACCACCUCGUUUUCGGCCGCUGUGCAGCAGCUGGAUGAGAGCCUGGCACUGCGAACGUUCCUCGUCGGGCAUGCCCUCUCACUGGCCGACAUCAGUGUGUGGGCCGCGUUGAAAGGCAACAACAUGUGGCAGGUGAUGCUGGAUCAGAAGAAGGCGCCCACGCACGUGGCACGCUGGUUUGCCUUUCUAUCUGCCAACGCAACCUUCCAGGCCGUCUCCAAGGAGUGGAACCUCAAGGGCUGCGUACCCACUGCUGCUGCUACCACCAGCGCCUCUGCCGCCCCGGGAGGGAAGGAGAAGAAGGAGGACGUGGGCAAGUUUGUGGAGCUCCCGGGCGCUGAGAUGGGCAAGGUGGUCGUGAGGUUUCCUCCGGAGGCCAGCGGGUUCCUGCACAUUGGCCAUGCCAAGGCCGCCCUCCUCAACCAGUACUACCAGCUGAUGUUCAACGGCAAGCUCAUCAUGCGCUUUGACGACACCAACCCCGCCAAGGAGAAGGAGGACUUUGAGAAGGUGAUUCUGGAGGACGUGGCAAUGCUGAAGAUCAAGCCCGACCUGUUCACCUACACGUCGGACCACUUUGACCUGAUCGCCACGUACGCCGAGAAGCUGAUCAAGGAGGGCAAGGCGUACGUGGAUGACACGCCGGCCGAACUCAUGAAGCAGGAGCGGGAGCAGCGCAUUGAGUCCAAAAACAGGAGCAACUCGGUGGAGAAGAAUUUUCAGCUGUGGGAGGAGAUGAAGAAGGGCUCAGAGCUGGGGCAGACAUGCUGCCUGCGCGCCAAGAUCGACAUGAACUCCAACAACGGCUGCAUGCGCGACCCCACUCUCUACCGCUGCAAGAACGAACCGCACCCACGUACUGGGAGCAAGUACAGAGUCUACCCGACGUACGACUUUGCGUGCCCCAUCGUGGAUAGCGUGGAGAACGUGACGCACGCACUGCGCACCACCGAGUACCACGAUCGCGACGACCAGUUCUACUGGGUGAUCGAGUCGCUCGGCCUGCGGCGCCCGUACGUGUGGGCGUACGCGCGCCUCAACCUCAUGAACACCGUGCUGUCCAAGCGCAAGCUCACCUGGUUCGUGGAGGAGGGACUCGUGGAGGGCUGGGAUGACCCUCGCUUCCCGACCGUGCGGGGCGUGCUCAGGAGAGGCCUCACCGUGGAGGGCCUGAAGCAGUUCAUUGCCGCCCAGGGUUCCUCCCGUUCGGUCGUGAACAUGGAAUGGGACAAAAUCUGGGCGUUUAACAAGAAGGUGAUCGACCCAAUCGCCCCGCGCUACACAGCGCUGCAGAAGGAGGGCGCUGUACCCGUUCUUGUGGCCGGGGCCCAGGAGGAGCAAAAGGAUGCUGCCAAACACCCCAAGAACGUCGCGGUCGGCGUGAAGGCCGUGUGGUACGGGCCACGCGUGCUGAUCGACGGCGCCGACGCCGAGACGCUGCGCGAGGGCGAAGUCGUCACCUUCAUCAACUGGGGAAACCUCCGCAUCGGCAAGAUCCACCGGACGGCGGCGGGCGUGGUGUCGUCGGUGGAGGCGGCGCUGAACCUGGACAACAAGGACUUCAAGAACACGACGAAGCUCACAUGGCUGGCGGAGACGGCGCGCGGCCCCGCCACGCCCGCCGUGUGUGUCCACUACGACCACAUUAUCUCCAAGGCCGUGCUGGGCAAGGACGACGACUUCAAGGACUUCAUCAACCGCAACAGCAAGAAAGAGACGGCCAUGAUCGGGGACCCGUGCCUGGCGGAGCUCAAGAAAGGCGACAUCAUCCAGCUGCAGCGACGCGGCUUCUACAUCUGCGACCAGCCCUAUGAGCCCAUCAGCCCACACAGCUGCAGGGAGGCUCCCUGUGUGCUCAUCUACAUCCCUGACGGACACACCAAGGAUAUGCCAACGUCGGGCUCCAGGGAGAAGAGCAAGGCUGAUGCUGGCAAGAAGGAGAAGGCGGCCGGUUUCGCGAGUGGCGGGGCCGUGGCAUCAUGCCCCCCCAACGCAGCGCCGGCGUGCGACGCGGCACGGCUCUACCAGCUGGUGUCGGAGCAGGGGGAGUUGGUGAGGACGCUCAAGGGAAAAAAGGCGGCCAAGGAGGAAGUUGAUGCGGCCGUGAAGGCCUUGCUGGUGCUGAAGUUGGAGUUUAAGACGAAGACCGGGGAGGAGUACAAACCGGGAAAAGCGCCAGCGCAGAACUGCACGGCAGAGCAGCAGUGUGGCUCGCCGGACCCUGUGGCGCUCUUCAACAGCGUGACGGUGCAGGGGGACAAAGUGAGGGAGCUGAAGGGGAAAAAGGCUCCCAAGGAUGAGAUCGAUGCCGCGGUGAAACAGCUGCUCGCUGCCAAGGCUGCGUACAAGUCCGCGACGGGACAAGACUACAAAGCAGAUGCUCCCCCUGCGGCGGUGGCUGCGGUGGCUGCGGUGGCGGCGGUGGCGGGCGGAGAGAAGGGAGCAGCAGGUCCCUCGGACGGAGGAGCCCUUGCCAAGGAGCUGUUUGACAAGGUGGCCGAGCAGGGGGAGGCCGUGAGGUUGCUCAAAACCAGCAAGGCUGAAAAGGCGCAAGUGGAGGCAGCUGUGAAGCAGCUGUUGUCGCUGAAGGAACAGUACAAGGCGACCACGGGGCACGAUUACAAACCCGCCAGCACCGGGGAUGCCAAGAACGGCGCCAGGAAGCAGGAGCCCAAGAAGCAGGAGCCCAAGAAGCAGGAGCCCAAGAAGCAGGAGCCCAAGAAGCAGGAGCCCAAGAAGGAGGUGUUACCCAAAGGUGCGGGCGCUAGCAAGGACAGCAAGCCAAAGGAGCAAGACAAAGGCUCAAGCAGCAGCGAUGGCCCCAAGAAACAAACCAGACUGGGCAUGGAAGUGAAAAAGUUGGAAAACUUCUCAGAAUGGUACUCCCAGGUGAUCACCAAGUCUGAGCUGGUCGAGUACUACGAUGUGAGCGGCUGCUACAUCCUGCGGCCCUGGGCCUACUCCAUCUGGGAGGCCAUCCAGCAGUUCUUCAAUGCUGAGAUCAUGAAGCUGGGUGUAGAGAACUGCUACUUCCCCAUGCUGGUAUCCCAAGCCGCGCUGGAGAGAGAGAAAUCCCACAUUGCAGACUUCGCUCCCGAGGUUGCAUGGGUCACCAGAUCAGGAAAAACGGAUCUGGCAGAACCUGUAGCAAUCCGUCCAACCAGCGAGACAGUGAUGUACCCCGCGUUUGCGAAGUGGGUGCAGUCGCACCGGGAUCUGCCCAUCAAGCUGAACCAGUGGUGCAGUGUGGUGCGUUGGGAGUUCAAGCACCCACAGCCUUUCCUGCGCACGCGCGAGUUCCUGUGGCAGGAGGGCCACACGGCAUACGCCAAUGCAAAAGACGCCAAAAUUGAGGUGCGUCAGAUCCUCGACUUGUACGCAGACGUCUAUGAGAAGCUGCUGGCCAUUCCGGUCGUGCGGGGACAGAAAACCGAGAAGGAGAAGUUUGCUGGAGCCGAUUACACGACCACCGUGGAAGCCUUCAUCUCUGCCAGCGGCCGUGCCAUCCAGGGCGCCACGUCGCACCACCUCGGCACGAACUUCUCGCGGAUGUUCGAGGUCGAGUUUGAAGACCCAGAGCGUCCCGGGGAGAAGGCUUUUGCGUUCCAGAACUCGUGGGGCCUCACGACGAGAACCAUUGGCGUGAUGACAAUGGUUCACGGGGACGACAAGGGCCUGGUGGUGCCCCCUCGCGUGGCCUGCUUGCAGGUGGUGAUCAUCUCGUGCGGCGUCACAGUAAACCUGGCCGAGGGGGAGCGGAAGGCUCUGUACGAGAAGUGCGAGGAGUACCUGCGCAGGCUGCGGGACGCUGGCGUGCGAGCCCGUGCUGACACGCGUGACAACUACUCGCCGGGCUGGAAAUUCAACCACUGGGAGCUGAAGGGCGUGCCGGUGCGCGUGGAGCUGGGCCCGCGUGACGUGCGCAACUGCGAGUUUGUGGCGGUGCGGAGGGACUCGGGCGAGAAGCUGGUGCGCAAGGAGGAGCAGGCCGUGGACUUCAUCAAGGAGCUGCUCGAAAACAUCCAGAGCAGCCUCUACGCCAAGGCGAGCACGGACCUGCACAGUCACAUGGUGGUGGCCGACAGCAUGGCGGAGCUGCAGAAGGCCAUCGACCAGGGCAAGGUGGCGCAGGUUCCUUUCUGCUUGGAAAUGGAUUGCGAGGACGAGAUCAAGAAGAUCACCGCCAGGGAUGCAGACGUGGAGCCUGGGGCCCCGUCCAUGGGAGCCAAGAGUUUGUGCAUCCCCUUCAACCCUCUCAAGAAGAUGGAUGAUGCCUCCAAACCACCGUGCGUCGGCUGCAACAAGCCGGCCAAAGCCUACACUCUGUUUGGCCGCAGCUAUUAGUUACGAUGAGGAGUCUGUAGCGCGUGCGUGUGUGUGUGUGUGUCUGCGCCGUGCGGGUCUGUCCAUGAGGCAUGUGACGAUGUAUCGAUUCACGACGAUUCGCACGCCUGCGAUACAUUAAAUGGCGUGCCAGCAAAGAGAGUCGCGGGUUUAUGCAAACGAUGUUAUGCUCAUGUUACAUUUGGGAUUAUGGAGCAGAUGCAACUCUAUAAACGGGGAGCUAGAAAACAAUACUUGCAAGAUGGAAAAAAUGAAAGGAAAAAGCAUCCACUCUUGAAUUGACUUGCAGCCCCUAAAUCGUGGCAUUGCUGGGCCAGGCGAAUCGUUGGCAUGCUCUACUGGUGUCCACACAGUGCCCAUUUGUUAGCGCCGUCUGAGGUUAGACCUGCCUUGGGAGAUGCCCACAGUGCCGUUGCCACGCGUCAGCGAGAGCGUCUCUUUCAAAGUUUGCAAUGAGAAAUACGUCCGACUUAUUUACACAACGCCUCGGAGUUUAUGGGAAAUCCAGACGACGGUUGUGCAAAUUGAGCCAGACCGGCGCUCGUAGACGAGCGCCGGUCUGGCUUGGAGACGAAUGUUUUUGUUUUUCCGAAAGUCUUGGGAUUUGAAACUCCGUCAAGAUGUUGCACAACUGAUAGCCACGCUGCGUGCGGCCCGUGUGUUUAUGUCAAGGGCGUUUUUUUAAACAUUGGCUCAUCUCCCAGAGCCCACUUCUGGAGGUCGGCUCACAUCCUCCAGACUCGUUUUCUGGACACUUUUUUAUGGUGGAUCAAGCAUGUGCCAGAUAUUUUUCUAACAAAACCAUUUUAGUGGCUGAAGACCGAAAAUAAUGAUUACCAUAAUAAAGAAAUGCAUGUUGAUAAUUGUAAUAAACUUUAGAAAGCACUGCA